CUGCACUACGGGAGCCUCGUGGGCAGCAGAGCUUGUGCCCAGAUGGCAGCAGCUGCCUGGGGCAGUGGCUUUCUCAAUGCUGUCCUGCACAUGGCCAGUACAUUUUCCCUGCCCCUCUGCCAAGGCAAUGCUGUGGAUCAGUUCUUCUGUGAACCCCCCCAGAUCCUCAAGCUCUCCUGCUCAGAUGCCUACCUCAGGGAAGUCAGGGCUCUUGUGUUUAAAGUUUCUUUAGUCUUUGGUUGUUUUGUUUUCAUUGUGCUGUCCUAUGCGAAGAUCUUCAGGGCAGUGCUGAGCAUGCCCUCUGAGCUGGGCCAGCACAAAGCCUUUUCCAGGUGCCUCCCUCACCUGGCCGUGGUCUCCCUGAUGGUCAGCACUGCCAUGGUUGCCUACCUGAAGCCCCCCUCCAUUUCUUCCCCAUCCCUGGACCUGGUGGUGUCACUUCUGUACUCAGUGGUGCCUCCAGCACUGAACCCCCUCAUUUAUGGCAUGAAGAACCAGGAGCUCAAGGCAGAACCUCUCUGGGCAGUAUCCUGCACCUCUCCAAAAUGA